GUUCACGUCUUUUUCCCCCAAUUAUGACGUUUUGGUUUUUGACGACGCAAAUUUGUUGAUUGUUAUUAAUUUGUGGUUUGAAUAAUUGGUUUUUAGCAGAGCAUUUUAUAUUCGGGAGCUCUUGAAUUUAUUGAUUGGGAGUUCAUGGACACCGCGUUUUGGGAAUGAUUUGAAGACAGUUUGGGUUUGGAUUUGGAUUGGAUUGGAUUUUCUUGAGAAAACGUGUUCGCCUGAUUUUGUCCGCGGUAUAUAUAAGGUUCAUCGGUGGUGGCAAUUUCGAGGAAUCGUGAUCGCCCUAGUUUUGCGAAUUGGUUGAUCCACUCUAGUUUGAGAUUUUGUAAGCUUUCUUGGAUUUAAAUAGAUAAUCAAGAACUGUAGUUACUUUAAUCGUCAUUCGAAUUGGGACUUGAUUGAUCGAUGGCGGCCUUCUAGUGUUCGGAUAGUUGUGGCAUCAACAAUUAUACAUAGGAGUGAACGGAAUCCUUGGAAUUUAGGGUCAAUUUCUCUUGUUUUCGACCGAACUUGUUUGGAUUUUCAUCUUCUUGGAAGCUUAGGAUUUAAUUGGGUUUAUCACUCUCUCUUUCUUGGAUCAGACCACCUUCAUCACCUCAGUUGUAUCUGUGAAUUGGUUAUGACAGUAGCCAAAUGAGCAUUUCAAAAUGAGAGACACGAGAGGGAUUGUUUGUAGAUGGAGGUGCCGGACCAGCCAUUUUCUGAUCUAAUAGGCAUUCUGAAAUCAUGGGUCCCUUGGCAGUCUGAGCCUGCUAAUGUGUCGAGGGACUUCUGGAUGCCCGAUCAGAGCUGUAGGGUAUGCUACGAAUGUGAUUCCCAGUUCACAUUGCUUAACCGUAGACACCAUUGUCGACUUUGUGGCCGUGUUUUUUGUGCCAAGUGUACUUCACAUUGGGUUCCUGCUCCAUCUGGUGAGCCGAGGACUCCGCGGGAAGAAGGGGACAAAAUUAGGGUCUGCAAUUACUGUUUUAAGCAAUGGAAGCAGGGCUUAGCUGCUACUGUUGACAAUGGGAUCCAUGUUGCCAGCAUGGAUCUCAGUACUUCGCCAUCAGCGACAAGUUUCAUCAGCACCAAGUCUGACAGUGGCACUGCUGACAGUAGCUGCAUUACUCUUUCAUCAAUGCCACUCUCUUCUGGGCUUAGCCCAAAAUCUGUAGUAAUGGAAACAAAUGCAGACAGGCAAGGUAUUGUAGCAUCAGAGAAGAGCAAUCAUCAUGCUGCACAUAUGGGGGACCAGUCUUCAAAAGAAUAUGGCUUUGACAACAGGGAAUUAGGGAGCCAUCCAAGCUCUUUGCUUGUCAAUGCAUGGUUCUAUGGAUACUCCUGUUGCAUUGAUUUGAGGUCUUUGGUUUGGUCGUCAGAAUAG